AUGCGUCAACAAUUGUCUUCUACAUUUUUACUUUUUCUUCUUUUCUUUGGUUCAUCCAGUGGUGCUAUUGUUCCAUUAACUGGUAAUGAUUGGACAAUAAAUAAUAAUGAAUCUUAUUUUGCGCAAGGUCGAAUACCUGGUACUAUUCAUACUAUUCUUCUUACUGCUAAUCAAAUCACAGAACCUUAUUGGGGUUAUAAUGAUGUUAAUCUACGCAACUUAAUUCACACUCCGUGGACAUUUAGAAAGAAUUUUUCAUUGACAGAAGAUUUCCUUACAUUGACAAGAUAUACACUUCAUUUUGAUCAGAUCGAUACAGUUGCUAAUAUAAGAUUAAAUGAAUGUUUGAUUGGUCAAACAAAUAGUAUGUUUAUAGCCUACACAUUUAAUGUGAUGAAAACCUGUUUGCAACCUAAUAAUGAACUUCGAAUUGAUUUUGAAUCACCAGUGGUGUAUGCAUUAAAUCAAGCUCAAGCAUAUAAUGAUAGUGUUCCACCAGAUUGUCCACCUGAUAUGCAAUAUGGUGAAUGUCAUGUUCAAUUUAUUCGAAAAGAACCGUGUUCAUUCAGUUGGGAUUGGGCUCCAGCAUUUGCUCCAAUUGGUAUUACAGGUAAUCUCUAUCUCGAAGCUACGAAUAAUGCCACUAUAUCGAUUCAACUUGAGAGUGUCAAUGUUGCGUCUUAUCAAACAUCCAUCAAUCAAUGGCAAGUUGAUGUUUUAUUGAGUAGUACCAAUGAUCCAUUUAUGAGUCAAUUAAAAUUUGUAUUAGAAAAUACUUCAUUUACAUUUCAAUCUAAUAUCACAUUUAAUCAUAAUAUAUCAGUGUCAUUAUUGAUUCCUAAUGAAAAUAUUCAACUUUGGUGGCCCAAUGGGUAUGGUGAUCAACCAUUAUAUACACUAUCUGUAUAUAACCAAGGUCAAUUACUUGGAUCACGUUUGAUAGGUUUUCGAGUAGUUGAACUUGCUCAACAUAGUUAUGGUUCAACUAUUAAUGGAACAUCAUUUUAUUUUGUUAUUAAUGGUCAUCCAAUUUAUAUUAAAGGAAGUAAUUGGGUACCACCAGAUGCAUUUCAAGAACGUGUAACUGAUGGAAGACUUGAACGUUUACUUCGUUCAACUCAGUUAGCUAAUAUGAAUAUGUUACGUGUUUGGGGUGGUGGUAUAUAUGAACGUGAUUCAUUCUAUGAAAUAGCUGAUCGUUUAGGUAUUAUGCUUUGGCAUGAUUUCAUGUUUGCUUGUAGUUUAUAUCCAGUUGAUGAACUAUUUCUAACUAAUAUUCAUCAGGAAGUAAUUUAUCAAGUAAAACGACUUCAAUCACAUGCAUCGAUUGUUCUUUGGUCAGGAAAUAAUGAAAAUGAACAAGCUGUUGCACAAAAUUGGUAUCGUGUACCAACAGAAAAAAUACCGAAAACAAAAGAUGAUUAUCGAAAGUUAUAUGUUAAUACGGUAAUGAACUCUGUGAAGGAGGUUGAUAAAGGUAAUAAUCGACCAUUUAUAACAUCAUCACCUUCUAACGGACUAGAAUCAAUUAGUGAAGAUUAUAUUGCAACAAAUCCUCAAGAUCCACUAUAUGGAGAUGUUCAUUUUUAUGGUUUUAAUAAUGAUUCCUGGAAUCCGACAACAUAUCCCAUAACACGUUUUUUGUCUGAAACGGGUAUGAAUUCAUUGCCGAGUCUUGAUACAUGGCGUCAAGUUACACAAAAUGUCGCUGAUUUACAGGCUCAAAUUAAAAGUAAUUUACCAUUACCGGUGACAAAUGAUUCAUUGAAAAACUUUACUCAAAUGAUUUAUUUAAGUCAAAUAAAUCAAGCAAUGACAUUAAAAAGUAUUAGUGAUUGGUGUCGAAUUCAUUCAUCAGUUGAUAUGAUUGAUCCAAAAACAAGUCAAGGUCACACCAUGGGUCUUAUGUAUUGGCAAAUCAAUGAUAUUUGGCAAGCACCAACUUCGUCAACAAUUGAAUAUGGAUUAAAAUGGAAAAUGGGUCACUAUUAUGUUCAGCAUAUGUAUGAACCUGUUUAUCCAUUAGCUAUUCUUACACCUUAUCUAGCGAAUGUAACAGAUGAAAAUGCUCAAAUUUCAUUAUAUGUUAUUAAUGAGCUUUUCAAUGGUACAACUGGUCAUUUAAAUUGUUCAUUUCUGUCAUUAGAUACAUUUUCGAUUCGAUUACCAUUUGCAUUUGAUAUCUCAUUUAAUGCACCUGCUGUUCAACAUGUUACUGAUCUUCCAUAUUCAACAAUAAUGAGACGUGCUGGUUGUUUCAAUAGUAGUCAAUGUCUUCUUCAUUGUCGUUUUAACAGUAGUCAAGAAGAAAUUGGACAAACAUUAUUUUUGACACAACCAAAAAAUUAUGAACUUAUUCAACCAAAUCUUCAUAUUCAAAGUAUUCAACAACUAACACCAACAGAUAUUCGUAUCACAAUCACAGCUACACGGCCAGCUUUAUUUGUUUGGCUUGAUGUAUCAUCGAAUUUUAGUGGAUAUUUUUCUCGCAAUGGAUUUCAUAUGUUUGAACCAAUGAGAAUUAUAAGGUUUCAUUCAUGGACACCAAUUACAAACUUUGACAAUGUUAACUUUGAUGUUCGUAUUACUUCAUUAUUUGAUGUAACACAACCGUAA